AUGAAGAUCCUGUUUGGUCUCGCCUUUCUUCUUUGCAUUUCAGUCGGUAAGUUAUUUUAGUGUUGUUCAAUCUGUUUCUUCUUGUUCAGAUUAGGAUAUGAAAAUGCAAAGGAAAUUUGCUCUGUAGUUUCCCGUCGUUCCCUUUGCUGGCGUCCUUUAUCUUCUUUCUCGUAAUCUUGAGGUGUGGCUCCCCAUUUUGCUCACUUUCUUAUCUGCACGUUCCGGACAAACAUCAAUGAUUUUCACUCCGGAACGAAACGUUUAAUAAGCCAGUGUAAUAUUAGGCUAAACGUGACUGUAGCCGUCCAGUUUUUUUGCAUUUGAGUAUAGAAUAAUUGAACACAUCGUUAACGGCCCUGUUAGGAAGUAUUUAGCAUGGUAAUGCCGAACAAAGAGAGGGCGAUGUCGGCUAGGUAGCGUAACUUUGACGAACUUUGUAUUUGGUUUUGACGAAUGCUCUUUCAGUUCUGAUUUCCAAGGAUUCCAUGCGUGGUGAGCGUAUUCGUCGAUGAAUUUUACGAAAAGCAAGAGUCGAAUUAAAAUGCUCUCUAAUUCUGUAAGAUUCUUUAGUCGAUUUCACAAACGCAAGUCUUAACGUCCGGCAAGAAACGUGAAAAAUAGGUGUAACAAGCAAAAACUGAUACAGCUGUUUUGGUAUGAUUGGUUGUGAAAGAUGAAAGUCGCGCCACAAACAAUCUAAACUUGCAAACUCAAAAAUGAAAUGAUGGAAAUAUGAAUUUCAUAUAUUAGACUCGGGAAUCCAGAAAUAAAUGCAGAGAAGAUCAUUACAGUUGAAUGCGCAGCUUAUAAAGCAGUUACGAAAGGAAAGCCAGCAAGCCUGAAUUUUUCAAGCUUUCUUUUCGUAGCUGCUUAAGUUGUGUAUUCAACAGCGAUGAUCUUCCUUGCAUUUAAACUCAACAUUGGUGCGCGACAAAUUGGACGAAACUUUUUACCUUCAUUUCGUGAUUUAAGAUUUGCAAGAGGAACAGUAAAUGCACGCAACAUAUCUCGUUCCUUUUUGUCGUUGAUGUCGAUACUAUGAGCGUUCGCUAAAUUUACGCGAGUUUCAGGCCUCUGAAACUGAAGAAUAAAACAUCUGUUAGAAAUGUCAGAUUUAUAUUUAAACUCCACGCUUAAGUCACACAAAUCUUUUCGUUGUUUAAACUGUGAACUAGCAUAAAAUUCCCAAAUGGAGAACAACACAGUUGUUUGGAUGUCUCAGAGCGAAUAUCAUACACUGUAAAACCAGCUUUUCUCUACGCACAAUUAGUGGGUGUUGUAUUCUACUACUACUACUACUACUACUAAUAAUAAAGACUUUAUUAAUGUGUCAAAUGCCUAGCUCACACGAAGUGUAAUUUAUUUGUGGACGCCUAACUACCAUAACUACCUAAAAAAAAUAGAAAAUCGCAAAAAAAAAAACCAAAACAAAACAAAACAAAAACAAACAAACAAAAAAAAAAAAGACAAAAUAAACAAUCGCAAAAACCCUGCCCGCGUCAUUAUUUAUUCUUAGAGUUACACAGGUGACAGUUCUUACAGGCGUCAGUUCUAAUGAGGUUCGCAAUGAGUGAACUCUUUUAAAAUGUGUAUACUUAACUCAUUUAUUACGGGCGCGCAUAUUUGAAAAAAAUUAUAUCUCCACGGUAAUUUACCAUAGCUUAAAAAGCUAUACCUCAUUUGAAAGGACAUACAAUAAACUUUCCAAAAAUAUAUUUUGCUGUCUGAAAGCCCAUAAUACUUCAAUGAAAAAAAUUACAAGAUACAUUUUCUCAUUAUUUAUGCAAAAAUUCAUAAAAUGUGAUUUUGCAAAAAUAAUACUUGGAUUGAGCUUAAAGUUUAAAAGAAUUUUUUUUCCUCCAGUUAUCUAGCAAAAUAGACCACGAAUCAGCUAAAAAUGUUGAACGAUUCAGAAUUUUUUAUUAAUUUUUUGCUGUUGGUACCCAUUAUCCAAAUUAGUAUGAAAAAUUGGGGUUUUAGCCUAAUUGCUGCGAAGCCAGCAGGCUUCGCAGCAGACGUACGUGAUCAGCCUGGGCUGCCUGUGCCCGAAGCUAACCUCAUUUGAGACUUUAGGAUGUAUGUAUGUAUAUCGCGGGUGUCAUUUAAAACGCGGGGUCGGCGUCGGGGUCGGCGUCGGCGUCGGGGUAGGGGUCUGGGUCGGGGUCUAUCACUUUUUUUAAAGAAGGCUGUUUCAGGGUGAGGGUUAGGGUUAGGUUAGGGUAGGCUAGGGCUUAUUCAGGGUUAGGGUUAGGGUUAAAAAAAAGAAAGAUAGACCCCGACCCUGGCUCCGACCCCGCGUUUUACUAACACCCGUAUAUCACCGAUUUCAAGUUUGUUCCUCGAGAUCGAGGCUAUUUUGUUUGCAGUUAAUCGGAUUCAGAAAGAAAACCUAAAAAACACACGGGGACAACUUAAAACCCAGGAGAUAUCCUGUUUCGUUUAGAAAGCCACAUUUUUGUAAGCGAAGAGUUUGAAUUAAUGCAACUGAAUAUAAAAAAUUGAUUCCCGUGAAUUAAAGCGAUACGUUUCUCAGGAUAUUUCAAGCAAUUCCUUGAACUCCACGGUUAAUAAAGUCACUGUUUUAGCUAAAUUUGUAUGUUGUAACCCAAACUUAGAAGCAUUUCAUCGAAUUUGAUGAACGUGUGUAGCAGAAUGAACUCACGCCGAAGAGCACGCUAUAGUAGUUAUAAACCUUUUCUUACCUCAACUUUUGCAUUUAUUUACCAGUUUAUGAUCCAAAAAGCUUUUUCCAUUCAUUGUGAAGGGCCUAUUUGGUUGAAAUUCAUCGCCAGAAGUAUUUCUUGAUGGCUAAAGCUGCCACAAAUUCUUUACCGCGUCGCCCUCCAUUUUUGUGUGUUUUCAAAACAUCGUUGCGUGAAGCAUAUCAAUGGUUGGGGACUGAUAAAUCUUUUCGUUGUUUAAACUGUGAACUUUAAAAUAAAAGCAUACUAGGAUUCACAAACGGAACUGAAAACACAGUUGUUUGGAUGUCUUAGAGCGAAUAUCUUACACUGUAAGAUCAACUUUUCUCUACGCACAAUCAGUGGGUGUUGAAUUCUACUAAUAAUAUUACUAACAAUAAAGACUUUAUCAAUGUUUCAAAUGCCCACCUAGCUACCAUAACUACCCAAAAAAAUAGAAAAUCGAAAAAACUGAAAUAAACAAACUCGGAAACCCUAACCGCCUGAUUAAUUAUUCUAAGAGUUAAACAGGUGACAGUUCUUACAAGCGUCGUGCAGUUCUAAUGAGGUUCGCAAUGAGUGAACUCUUAAUCAUGUAUACUUAAUUUGGACCAUACUACAGGGCCAUUAUAUCUAAUACUGUGUUUCCCAUAGGUGGUGGUGUUUAUUCUUGGAAUCAUAAAAUUGUCGGAAUUUCUCAGGUUAUAACUUCGGUUGCUUAUAUUAAAAAUAUCGGAUAUAUAACUAGGGCAUAAAUUAUGCUUGACUUUGUACUUUAUUAUUGCUAUCUCUUGCAAGCCUACGGCUGAGCAGUGAGAGGAGUUAAGCCCUACACGAAGUUCAUCGUAUGUACCACUUUUAUCACAAUAGACUGAUCUAAGCACUCCGGCCUUCUUAUACUCCCUUAAUCUUUCGGCGAUCAGAUUUUCUACAAAAUGAAAGUGCAAUACCGUAAGUUAAUUGUGGCAAAAUAACGGCGGGUGUAGGGAAUCGAAGGCUUUUGAUAAGUCCGUUGAUAAUACCCCGACUACCUUUUUGUCAUCCAAUGACCUCUUCCAGUCCUCUACUCGUUUCAGAAGUGCACUUGUCUGGCAGCUGUUCUUUUUGCGGUAGGCGGUUAAAUUAUUAUUCAUAUAAGGCUCAAUGUAAUUCUGCCGCUUCGCUUGAGUCCCCAACCUUGGUAAACCUUUACAUAGAGAGAAAACCGUUUACAGUACAACCCAUAAAACGGCCAUAAAUCGGCCCAGGAAAGACGUAACACACAUUUCAUGUAAAAAAAGCUGUUUUUUCUUGAAAUCCUUUCAUUUUCGUAGGUUACGGAAACAAUAGGUUUUUUUCCCACACAAAUCCUCAUAUUUUGAAUGCUACGCAUUAAUGCCAAUGUUCGCCCAUGCUCAUAUUUCGAGCUGGGGCUACCUGUUCUCGAACGUGCAAUUAAACCUUUGUCAGAGGAAGUUAUUGAACGUUACGUAGGUGACAACUAGGCGUCACACCGAUAGCUCAUAUUUGGGGAUUCAAUGAGGGGUGAAAUAACGAUAAUAAUAUCGUCAUUACAGGCAUUUUCGUCCCUCGACCCUUGCUCUCCCUCCAUGUUUCGAGCGCCUGACUGAUUCCCAACACCAGACUUUCACUUCCAAUUUGAAGUUUCGGUAUGAAACUUUCAUUUUUUUAAGAGCAGGGGUGGUGGUUUUUUUCGUUCAAGGUUUUGACCUCUGUGUCUGAUUAAUACCGCUGCUAAUUAAAUGUUGCCACUUUCCUUUAGCAACGAAGAGGAAACGGAAUUAUGUCAGUCCUCUACAAGUUUGUCCAACAUUUCGCGCGUUUUUCUCCGAGAAAAGCUUGUCUGAAGAAAUGAGGUGAUGGGCAAAGGUUCAAUAUCCAUUUAAUACCAAAUGGUUUACGCGUCGAAAAACAAAAGUAUUGAAUUUUUACUAUGGGAUAGGUGGGUGUGUAGGCCUUCGAGAUUCAGGCUAUUAAUUCCAUUUUUGUAUUUGUUUCCUUUUUCCAGUUUAUGCCCUGAAAUGCAACGCAUGUGUCUCUUUAAAGAGCUGGGAUGACUGCAAAAGUAGAACAGUACAGGGAACCUGUACGGGCAGUCAGGACCGUUGUGUCAAAGCUCAUGUAGAUGGCGAAGCCUCAGUCGAGCAGCUGAAGACAGCAGUUGAAGGCUUUGUCAAAGGAUGUGCCACUGCAUCUGAUUGCAGCGCGAAGAACUGCACAUCGAUCGAUCCCUCACUGAAAAUCACCAAAUGCAAAAUCGACUGCUGUAAAGGUGAUCUGUGCAAUGGAGCCCAAGUACCAAUGGUCAGCGCCAUCAUGCUGUUGGCAUGCGCUAUUGCGGCUUUUGCUCGAUAA